GCGAACCACACCGCUCACCUUCGACGCGUUCGAAACAUCACCCACGCGCAGUCUGCGCAUCUGAUCUUGGGGCGGUGCCUGGCAGCUCUUAAAGCGCCCUUCCCACCGCGAUCAUCCAUUCUUUAACCUUCCUCCGCCCCCUUGCUCUCACAACUCUACUGCCGCCAUGUCGAAGGUCACAUUCGCGAUUAUAGCCGCGGCAGCUGGUGCUGCAAGUGGUGCAGCUGCGACAGCAGCGUUCUACUCUUCAAAGAAAGAGACUCCACCGUCCGUCUCUACAACCACAACGACCACCGUCACAGGCCCUCCACGACCAGCACCUCCGUCUUCAGUCCCUGCUGUACCUUCACCCGCAGCCGCCGCUCGAAAGCAACCACCUCCAGUCGACCCGAGCGGCCUCUUCCAAUAUGGCUUUCCCGGCCCCGUCGCAGACCUCCGCCCGGCGGCAUCCCUUACCUCUUCCUUCGACCGCCGAACAAGAAACCCAGCAUGGGUCGCGGAGCACAUCACGCCCGAGUCGCUCGCGAAUAACAACGCCGAUCGCAAACACAGCGUCUUUGUGGAAGACAUCUCAAUACCCGAAAUGUUCCGCGCAAAGCUGAAGGAUUACUUCCGCUCAGGGUACGACCGAGGGCACCAAGUACCCGCAGCGGACGCGAAGUGGAGUCAAGAAGCCAUGGACGAUACAUUCCUGUUGAGCAAUAUGUGCCCACAGGUCGGCGAUGGAUUCAACCGAGACUACUGGGCGCAUUUCGAGGACUUUUGCCGCCGAUUGACGAAGCAUUACCCCUCCGUGCGCAUCGUGACUGGCCCUCUUUACCUGCCGAAGCGCGAGCCGGAUGGGAAAUGGAGGGUGAGCUACGAGGUCAUCGGGCAGCCGCCAAACGUUGCAGUACCGACGCAUUUCUACAAGGUCAUCUUCGCGGAGGACGGACAACAUGGUGGGAAGGUUGCGCUGGGAGCGUUCGUCCUCCCAAAUGCCGUCAUCGCGAACAACAAGCCGCUACAGGACUUCGAGGUCCCUGUGGAGAUUGUUGAGAGAGCAAGCGGAUUGGAGUUCGCCACGAAGCUGGAUCCUGUAAGGCGCAAGCGAUUGUGCCAGGAGGUCAGCUGCUCUCUCAUCGUGAGGGAGUAUGCCAAGAGACAGGAGGCCUUUGGGAAGAAAUGAGCGGACUAUGGGGUCGAUGGGGGAAUGUAUUCCAUGUGUAUACCAGCGUGUUAGCAUAGCAUGAGCGGAGUUCGUCACCUCUGUCAUUUCGGCGAAUACCAUAUCUUGCACCUUGACUACCAAAUGAACUUUU